GGGGAAUGAGGAGGCGAACAAGGUUCUAAUGGUUGACUUCAACUAAAGAAGUUUGUGCUGAUAAACACAGAGGACGCCAUAGAUUAACUCAGCAGAAAAGGUAAGAGAUAAAGGAGGCUUUUCAUCUUUAUGAACUGAUGGCUCAAGCACUACUGAUACCCGAGGGCCCUGUGUUCUGAUUCUUCUGAAUGAUUAAAGAUGUUUGCAAGGACGACAGUUUGAAUUGGAUCAGAGCUUCACUACUGAGGACAUGGAUGCAAUGACUUGAGGAGCAGAUCAAGAUUCUUGAUAGUGAGGGAAGGUCAUGUAAUGGGAGCUUCUGGUGAUCAAUGGAUGAAAGGGCGGCAUGCCGGCAUGGACACGUGGGGCAAGGAGGGUUCUGCUUAAAGUUGAAGCUAGGUCCUAUAGAAAGGGAGCUGAAGUCGGUAAGGCUUUUCCAGCAGAAAAUUCGGAGGACCCUAGGGAGAAGAAAGGAGGAAGAAAAGCAGCUGUAAAGUGUUUGGGGGAAAAGCAAUAAAAAACUGAAGGAUUGAGAGCUUUCUUUUCUUUUCUCUUUUUCUUUUUUGGGUGGGGGUGGUGCACAGAGAGGGAGAGGAAGGGGUUGGGUUGGGUUUGUGAGAUUGGUGGGAAGGUGAGGAGCUGUAUUAGAAAAGGAAAAGCAGCUCUUGGUGUUUGAAGGCUGAAAGAAAGUGGUGAAGUAGAAAGGCUACAUCUGAAAAAAGGGAGGAGCAGCCGCCAGCUGCCUUAGUGGAUCAGUCACUGCUGCAAAACCCUUGAGCUUGUGAUUAGAAGAUUGGUAUGAUCAAUGAGAUGCAGAAUGUUGGUUUUCUCUGCCACUAUGUGUUUGGCAAUGGGUCUGCCCAGUAUGUCUUCCUUGAUGUGGGAAAUGAUGGUUCUGUGUCUCUGAACCGACCCCUCAGCUUCUCCGUUGAAACAAGCGCCCACGUCUGCGCUUCCUGCAAUGGCAUGCUUCUGUUCUCCUAUAACUGCAGUGGAAACAACCUGCUCUCCUUCCAUGUCUUCAAUAUCAGUGCCCAUCAGUGUGUGUCGCUUCCCCAGCUGCCUUACAUCACCCCACGGAUCAUCACCCAUGGCCUGGCUUUUGAUGGCCUCCACUACCAGGUUGUACUGGUUUUCAGCAGCCCUCAAGGAGAAGAAGCAAGUACUAGUAGCGGUAGUGAUGGUGGAUAUGGCGGUGGUGGGGUUAUAGAGAUGGAGAUCUUCUCGUCGGAAACCGGCAAAUGGAGACACCACACAACCAUGAUUCCUCUCCCACCGUAUCUCCCUAAGCUCAGCACUCCUCCUCUCUUCUCAAACGGGUCCAUUCACUGGGAACUGGGGGGUUACUUGCUGGUCUACAACAUCCAAAGCGCUCACUCUGAGCUCCUUCAACUCCCAAACCAUUCACAGAACUGGACAUGGCGGUCGAUGACUUUCGGACAGUGCCUGUGGGAAUCAGAUGGGCGUGUUCACUACUGCUACACUGAUUACCAAGGAAUACAAACGUGGGUUCUCAUGAAUCGGCAGGAUCAUGACUACUACUCCAACAACUACAAUCACGACCGCCAGAAAUUCAAGUGGAAACUGGCUCACACCGUCCCGCACCAGAUCUUACUGUCACAGAACCCAGACAUUUUCCUCCGCCUGGGUCAGACCCACCAUGAUUUUUCAGAGUGGAAGCCAUACUACAUAUCACCUUACGCCUACUUGGAAGAUUCACAGAUCAUGUACUUGAGACUGCCUGGGAUUUUUGCUGCCUACAAUCUGAGGACCGGCAUAUUGAAAGAGGUGUGCAAUUACUCAUUUCCAAAUACUAACUUCUAUUGCUGCUCCUCCUUCCCUGUUGUUUAUUGCCAAAAAGGAAAUGCAGAAAUGGGAAACAUAAGAUCAGACGGAGAAAGAGGAGCUGUGAUUAAUUUGCCAGUAGCAGAUGUUCUAUUAUUGUGCCAAAACUCAAUAGCAAAGGAUUGUAGCAGCAUGCAGUGAUUCCUGAUGUUUGAAUUGGGCAGAGUUGUAAGUCCACACACUACUUUUCACAAAACUUCAAGAAUUUUUAAAACAAGUUGUAGUAUUAAAAAUUAGUUCAUGGGAUGUGUGGUUUAGAGGAAUGACUUUGAGUGAUUUACAAAUUCGGUUUGAGAGUAUUGAAAGGUUUAUGUAAUCAUUAUUUUGUCAUAAAAUUGCAAAAGAGAAAGAUGUUGGAAA